AAAUUCGCAGCUGGUUUAGACAGCUUUUGAUCUUAGUUAUUUUACCUACUUGAUUUUUUUUGAAAUUUCUAGAAAUAUUUGAAUACUUAGAAACAAGGUUUAUUGUAAAUAUAGAGGAUCUUAAAGGUUUUAAAAAACAUGUUAUCCGUUAUUUUAAAACCAUUUGCCAUAUUGAACUACUUUGUCGGGACAUCUCUUCUGCUCGCAUUUUGCGAUAAUGUCGAAUCUUUUCCGGCAAGUGCUUCUAUUGGACCAAUAACAAUCAUACAAAAAGAUUCCCGACCGCCAAUUUUAAUCGACAAGUCAAACCAGAUUAUAAACCAAGUAAAUGAAGAAUUCAGCGCUGAUUUUGAUGAUUUUACACCUCUACACACUACCGACACAUCUGAUGUAUACUUGACGACAUUCCACGCGAUUGAAGUUACAACUAAAGGAAGUUUAAAGCCGACUAAUUCCCCAACAAACGUUGCAAGUAUAGAACAAAGCACGUCUUCAGAAACCGGAUCAGCUUUUAGCGCUACCGAAGUGAUCACUCAAAAGAUUAACCGUCACUUCAACGCGACGUUAAAUAUUGCAUUGCUUUUGAACGAAACGAAAGGAGUUAAAUCCGAAGCCUUUGUAGCUACGCUGACUACACCGACAGUUUCUGGUGUGGAGUCAAGAAUUAAAGAAAUACAAACAACUAUACUUGAUGUACCUGUAUCUCAAACAACAAUAACAACAAUACUACUGCACAAUGGAUUGAAACAAUAUCAGCAGAAACAACACCUGAAGAUGGCAUUUUCACUAAAGUUUCAGCUACGUCACCAAGUGUUCCAAAUAUACAGAACAUGAAUUCAAAUUUGUCGUUGAGUACGGAGAAAAAUGUUUCCACACAAUUCCGAACAACGUUCGAAAAUGCUACAAAUACGACGCCAUUUUAUAUGAAUUUUUCAACAUUGACUACAACAGUACCUAAUGUUUCUCAGUCUACUACAAGUGCUUACUGGCUUACAAAGGGUUUGCAGCAAACCUCAAAACCUCGUACGCAAAACACCUAUAUACCAACCAACACAACAGAAAGGCCUGAACUAUUUACCAAAAACUUACACAAAAUUGAAACAAGUGCCCCUGACAAAAACCUUGGAUAUGUACAUAAUUCGUCAACUACGGAUUCAGCCGGGAUUCUAUAUAACCAGCCAAGAACUUUGGCCGCAAUUCAUAGCCAAGAGACAUCAUCAAAGGCCACAUUUCUAGCCGCAAAUUUUACAACUCAUUCCCCGGUUUUCAGAAACCUUUUGGAAACGAGCCCGACAGUUCCUUCAGUCAAUGAAACGAAACGACCAACUGAAAGUUACAUAAAUGCUACAAACGCUAGUUGGACAACGGCUAGACUCGUAACCGGAAUUACAAAUAAAAGUACAGCGGUUGCAACUACUGAAGUGCAAGGACAUAGUUCAGUAGAAAUGCCCACAACACAGAACUACAUGCAUGAUACUGCAGUAGCAGAAACUACAACACACGUAGAUGCAAACUUUACAGCUCUGGCUCCUACUACGAGGAGAACAACUCUUUUUCAAACUGACCCCAUGGUACAUACUACAGCCACGAACGAGCUUUUAACUUCAGCAAAUUCGAAAACCACACUAAACACGGUUCAUGAAUUGACAACUUAUCAAAACAGUGAAAAAAUGUGCGACCAGGUUCAAAGGUAUCUAUUAAAAAACUUUGAUACUUUGGAACGCAACCAUAAAAACAUAAUAGAGCAAAAUGUCAGCGUCAGAUUUCGGUUAAAUGACCACGUUGAUAUAACUGCCUGGUCACUGGGGUAUUGUAAACUCACUCUAGCUAUUCUUGAAACUUCUGAAAGUAGCUUGGAAGAUAUAAUUGGAUUGUUGCGUUAUUCUGGCCCGCCACGUAUGGAACAUGGAAGUGUAUUAGUUCAGAUUGAUUUCGUUGUUGACUUCACUACUGGAUUGGAGCGUAAAACAUCACUACUGUACAAAGCAUAUGCUGAUAUUGUAGCAGCCAAACUUAACUCAAUGGGUUACCAUUUCGAUAUUUCAAGUUUGAAUGUAACAGAGGAAGUUAUUGAAACUUCCUCGUUGUGCGCAACUGUUGCCUGCACAUCUAACGAACGAUGUCAAGUUACCAACACAUUACAUGAACGUUGGGUGAAAUGCACGUCAGAAUGCAGCAACGCAAACUAUUGCCUUAAUAAUGGGAUUUGUAGUUUGAAUCAUCAUAGACAACAACAAUGUUGGUGUCCAUCGUCUGAUUUAUGGUGGUUUCGAGGUUCACGAUGCGAAAUCGCAGAAACAAAAUCAGCAUGGAUUUUAAUAGCAGCUGGGUGCUUGACUGGAUUCGUACUGGUGCUGCUAACCGUUGUUUUAUGUUUGGCAAGGCGUUUCACUGAAAAUAAAUCUACUAUUCCUGGAAUGCGCAGAAGACCUGUGUCUGUUUUUAUGGAGACGCAGUUAAACUCUGUUGAGAACACAGCUACUGUAUCUAGGGCUACAAUGGCAACUACAGACACUCAAAGUAGUGUCAAUGAAACUGACGAACAACCAAUUAACACACGAUGGGUGCCAGAGAGAGCGACCGGUCAUUCUGUCAACCAAACAGACCUCCGGCGAGAUUUUCGUGAAAUGGUUUUAGCGACAAGUUUCCGAAGUAUAAAUUCUAGAGAGAGAGCUGAAAUGAGUGGUUUGCAUGGCGAAGCUACAUCUGGGAAACAUAGAAACGUCACAAUGCCAAACAAUGACGUCAUACAGAGAAGUAGUUCGAUUGCUGUAGUUUGACAAAGAUUCCUACCGAAAGAAGAUUUUUAAAAAUUUCGUCGCAUUUGAGAAGAAUCUAACCGUUUUCCUUCAUGUAUUAAAUACUAAGGGGCUAGCCCGAAAAUGUUUUUGAUUUUACGAGAUAAAGUUUUUUUAUAUUUGUGUUGUAGAAUGAGUACUUUAAACUUUUUGGUUUUUAAGCACGAUAGUGGUCGUAUAGGCUAGACCCUUUUUCGUCGAACAAUUGUUCUUGUUGUUUUUUACGCGACUUUUUUUCUUGUAAUUUGAAAUGAAAAUUGAGUUGAACAAUAUAGUUACUUAUAAAAUUUACAUAAAAUGCUGUUCACAAUAAACCUAAACGACUUUUACCGACGAAUCUUCCCAACCUUUGCAUCCUCCUUGCAUCACUUCUUUACCAACCAAUUCAGGCGAUCCACCCUAGGCCAUCGACGCUUACCGGGGAUCUCCA